UUAAUUUUGCUGUGAACAGUGAUAAUAGUGUUACACGAGCAGAAUGUUAUUUUACGUCUUUUUUAGUUGCGGCCCUGCAUGAUCACUACACGACAGCGCUAAAUUAUGUUCAAUUAAAUUAAAUCUGCAACCUAUAAUUUGUUGAAAUUUUGAAGCAGAGACCAUGUAACAUAUGUACCUACAGGUAUGUCACUUAAAUUUAAAGAUUCUCAUUUGUUGUUUUUUGUAUCUAACCUGUAUUUAUGGGCCUGAAAGUUUUUAUCGAGGACCUCAUGAUUUUUUAAAUUUGAAUGUUGGCAGGUCUGCACGUGUCAGGAGAAGGUGAAGGUUUGGUGUUAUAAUACAUGGUUGUGCACAAAUAGGCUUAGGUCAGUGGGAUUUCCCACAAGGUUCUUCAGCGACCACACUGACUGACAACUGAAUGUUCUUUUCAAAUAUACAAAAUAAUUAUUAGUGCACAAUUAGCUCAUGUGAUGCUACAUGAAUCUGUGUUUGUGUGGUAUAUUAAAACCCAAUAGGUAUUCAGCUAUCAAAGUCUGAAUGUUAGCUGAAUCACCUGUUAAAAAUUUUGGUCCAAAAAUGUGCCUACUUGAUUUUUUUAGAUCAAGUCGGCUGUACUCAUCUGUUUCCUUUCCUUAUGUCCUCUAACCUUUUGAUGGCACUCCUCGGUGAUCCACCCUCCAUUUCUCAUGACGUGACUCUGCUUCAUGGGAUUGUGUGCUGUAUGUGUCUUCUCAAAAAGACCAGCUCACUAGACGACAUCGUAAGGCAUUCUGUCGACUGCUGUGUCUCAUGGGGAGUCUGAUCAGGUGUUCCAUCUCUCCCGGUCGAGACGGAGAGAGUGGCCGGCCGUGCGUGGGGGGGGUCCUGACGGCUGCGUCCCUGCUGUGGCGUGCCGGUCACAUCUGCAGGUCGCUGUGCCAGGAAUGCGUGAUCGCGGCAAACGUCGGCGGAGGAAAGUGUUGGCGGGCCUCCCCGAAGUUUCUUUGCCAUGGUGACCUUGUUUCUCUGUGCUGCUCUCUGCGUCCAAACAGUGCCGUCGUAUAAAAGUGGCUGAUUGGCCUUGACUGAAAUUCAGAGUCACAGUGGGACAAGUGGGAAGUGCAUCAGGUGUCUCUCCAACAUGAGGACUUUACUGAUUGCAGUGAUUGUGUGCGCCAUGGUCAUUUUAACUUAUGCGCUGGAGUUCAAGCAACAGGAGCCAACUAGGAUCGUCACCCUGGCGGACGAGAACUCCACCAAGGGGGUGUGGAAGAAGAAAGUGCUGUGGAAGGCGCGCUGGGUGAAGGAGUGGAAGCAGGAGAAGGUGUGGAAAGCCAUGUGGAAGAAGGUCUGGGGGCCGGUGGAGAUACACGAGUGGUUCCCCAUCUCCAAGCCCCCGCAGAUCUGGAAGGAUUCCGACGGCAGCCUCAACGGGGUGUGAAGGCGAGCGCUGGUCGUCCUGACUUGUGUUCAUUGCUCAGCUGGGCUUCCAACUACCUACCUACAUACUACAUGGGUGAUUGCUCAGCAGUCAUGCCAUAAUAGUAUGUGAAUUUAUUUAUUAACUAUUUACAACUUCCAUGAACAGUGAAAUCUCAUUACAAAGUACUUCAUACGGAACGGUUUCCAAAUGUAAAAAUCUUGUUGGGACCUGAAAAUAUAUAUAUUUUAAAGUGAGAAUUCCUUUACAGUGAAGUACUUUAUAAUGAGUUUUCACUGUAGGAACAUCGGUUCACUGUUCAGUAAUUAGUAUUUAUUUAUUCUUAUCAGUAUUAAAAAUUAAUUUGUCAUUCACAACUAGACCUUAUGUGCAUAGUAAUGUUUGAGAUCAGUGUAAAAAACAUGUUUCCAUAACUAUAUAAAAAAAAUGUUCCACAUAUGUAUUUCAUAUAAUGUGAGUCAUAUCUUAUGUGUUUAACAAUUUAUUGAUACUUGAUUUGGACAUCAGUUCAUUUUGGCAUAUGCAUUACUUAUCAGUCAAUCUUUUAUAAAAAAAUAUCAUGAAUAAACGCAAAUGAAUGUGCAUCAUGAAAGGUAAGGAUGAGUUAAACACCAGUAUCUUUUGUACAACAUCUUUAAUGUAGAGGUUGUAAAACAGACAAGUUGUGCUUGCAUACUGCUCGCAAAUUCAUGUUUAAGUGUUUUGUUAGUAAGUCUUUGUGUCAGAAUUCAGAUGGAUUUAUAACUGUAAGCUAUCAUGCUUUGUUUCAUAACCAGCUUCCGUGCACCAAAAUAUUUGGUUGUGUCUGUCUGUAGUACUUAUAUUUAUGUAUUGUUUUGUGCUGUUAUUGUGUGUUGUAAGUUAAAUAUUGUGUGAAUAAAAUUUUUAGUUUUUUCUCUAAGAA